UUAUAGCAUCGGCACAUUGUCGGGGGAAAAGAUCUUUCUUUUAGAUAAUUAUACAUAUAUAUAAAGAAAGAAAGAAAGAAAAAGAAAAAGAAAAAACACUGAAGGCCGGCUGAGAUUCCUUAUAUAGUCAAUAACGAAAGUGAAGGCAUACAAACUACCUUAAGCUACAAAAGGAGACGUCGACAGACAGCUGUAUACAUCAACAGACUGCACAAGUUAGUCAAGCUAGUUAGACCGACACCACAAGUACAUCAAGUUAGUCAGGAAAGACACCACAAGAAUGAAAACUUUAGUCUGACACAGAAAGGGGAUUAAUUGAGAGUGCCAGACGCUGCAAGACCUAAGGGUGACGGACUGGCUUCCUGCUGAUUUUGCAUGCCCUUUCUAUUAAGAGGUAAACACGCAAAUUCACUACAAAUUUGGCCUCAGAUCAAGUACGAACAUCGUGUUAUCCAGAACGAAGGAUUCAAACUCGAAAUUGUUGACUCGAAUCAUUGUGACAAUAAGAAAUUUUGGGGAUCGCAAGAGUUGUGAGAACGAAGAAACAGCAAAUGGGACUAGAUAUUCACUAGAAUUGGCUUUGCAUUUGGGACAUUUGGUCGUAAAGGCGGUGGUUAUAUUUUUGAAGUUGUAUAGUAGAAUUGGACCUUGAAGCCGAACGCAAGCAUCUAUUCUUAAAUCUGACUCCACGACUAAGUUAGAAAGCCAUCGAAUUUUACAUUCAAACUGACUCACAUAAAUGACUCUUUAAGGCAGUCGAGUCUACAGAAUAUUAAAAGAAUGAAUAACACGACGGAAUUCAUGCCUCCAUCAGUAAUCUCCAAAGCGGAAAUACUUUUGACUCUUGUGGUGUACAUUCUGACCUUCGUACUGGGAGUUGUUGGAAACAUCUUGGUUUUCCUCGUCAUCUUCACCAAACGAGAACGUCGAACGUCGAACGAUAUCUUCCUGGUCAACUUAGCGGCUGCAGACCUGUUAACUGUCUCUGUAUCAAUACCAAUAAAGCUUCUUCAACUUAUUGCACCGUUUAUCCACGUCAACUGUUUUGUGUGUAAGAUACUUUAUCCAAUGAUGACAGUCCCAUACUGUGCUAGUAUUUUCACUAUCACUUCUAUGUCUAUACAGCGAAGGAGUGCAAUUUUAAAUCCAUGGAAGGGGAUCAUUACUCAAAGAACGACUUCAAUUUGGUGUGGAAUUAUCUGGGUAAUCGCUGCUCUACUUAUUCUGCCAGUUAGUAUAAUUUCUACAGUCAAAAACGGGAUGUGCUUUCUUAAUUGGUCAAAAAAAGAAGAAGCAAUCUACAUAAUUUCUAUUUUCUUCAUUCAGUACAUUCUACCAUUAAUUGUCAUUCUUCUGGCAUACGUACAAAUUUGUCUAAACCUGAAAAAGUACCAGAAAAACAUCGUAAGGCAGGAAAUCAAAAAAGAAAAUAUUGAGAUUACACGAACGAUUGCAGUGAUUGUCAUUAUAUUUGCUGUAGUAACUCUGCCAUUGCAAGUCUUUUGGAUGCUGUACGUCUUUCACCUUGAAAGCAUUGGCAUCAUGAACCUGGUGAAAUUACACCAUUACGCUGAGCUCCUUACCGAUGUCCAUAGCUGCAUGAAUCCGUUGGUUUACGGUGCUCUGACGAGAAGGUUUCGUCACAAGUAUACGUUACUAUUGUCAUCUGUGUUUAAAAUCUUUGAUAGACCUCAAAGGGAAUCAAGAUCCUACAAUGAGACAAGCCGAAGCAGGAGAGACGAGACAAUGAGACUGAAACAACGAAGCGGCACUGUUUGAUAAUAAAGAAAACUGUCAAUCACUCGUA